CUGUCUUACCCGCAGUCAAUCAUUGUGAGUCAAACAGAGGACAAGCGAGGCCACUCUUCGUGUUGUGGGCGCAGAGAAACUGAUCACACGACCAGCUUGUGCUGUGAUGGCGUCUACAAAGAAAUCAACAAACCCGAGACAGAACUCCAGAGUGCUGCCACUACACCAUUAUGCCUACAAGAACGACAUCGAGGCUAUCAGGAAGGCACUGGCCAACAGUUCCACUGACAUCUGCGCAAAGGACAUGAGCGGCCGGACGGCUUUAUUUGUCGCCACAUGUUUCUCUCGUGUUGAGAUAGCCCGGAUGUUGCUAGCCUUGGGCUGUGACCCAAAUAUUGCCAACAAUGAUGGCGAUACACCCUUACAUGAAGCAACGGAGAAGUCGAGUUUACCCAUGGUUCAAUUACUGCUAAAAUCAGGUAAAUGUAAACUGGAUGCUGAGAACCGGGAUGGACAGACGCCUUUGAUGAAAGCGGCCUUCUUUGACUACCUGGACAUCAUGAAAUGUCUUCACCUCAAAGGCGCCAGCAUCGAUGCGAGAGACGCAAGAGGGAAAACAGCCCUGUUCUACGCCCUUGACGAAGGCAGCGAGAAGACGGCGAUAUACCUGAUGAAGAACAAGUGUGACGUUAACGUCAUGGACAAUGGAGGUCACAGUGCCCUGUAUGAAGCAAUUCACUCGCAGUUCUUUCACUCAACUGAGUGUUUACUGCUGCUGGAGAGCUCAGGAUAUGACUUCAAGAAAGAUUCCGUUUGGCUCGAAAAGGAAGAAAAAAGUUCAAAGUUCUACAAACUUGAUGAUGCGUACCAUCGCUUCUUGAAGUCUGCUGGUGUUUCUCGGAAUACAGGAGAUUUGGUAGUGCCACUGAAGUACAAUAACGACCCCUGGCGCAUUCCGUACACCGUGGUCCUUGGUUCUACCAGCCACACAACGUCGCCAAAGCCGGCACGAGCUGCUACCAGGAACACUCUCCGGCCUGUGGUGUGACCGACAGACGUAGCCUGGACGGGGUGUUUUCUACCUGACAACAAGAGAUGGACUAGAGAGUCCAGCAGCGGACACUAGUCAUAGAAGACGAUCACAGCAACUGACUACUGGUAGAAGAGACAGCCAACUCUCCCUCAAAUGACCAUUCCCUCAUUUGAAUGAUGUGAAUGACCAAGUUUCUAAACAUUUCAAACCAUUUGGUUGUACUGACUGAAUGAAAGUGGUAGGCACGCAUUUGCCAAAUGAAUGAAAGAGUUUGAGCAAAAUUCCAGCUUUAUCGGGGCACCCAGAAUAGUUUUCAUUCGUUGUACCCAUGUUGGUGAUCAGACCCGGGUCUUCAGCGCGAGAGCCAACUCUUUAACUGCAUGCAUGGCUAACACUCCCCCCUUCAUCCCCGGUCAUAAUCCCGGGGAACAGUAUCGCAUGAGAGAAGAAGACGAUUUGAACGAUCAAGAAAGGACUUUAGAAGAUUGUUGAAACGAGACAGUAUCGUGGUUGCCUGACUAUUGUAUGCCUUCAGUAAUGUAAUGUAAGGGCCAUCUUGAGUUGGAGACACACAUGUCAUUCAUACAUACACGUUUUGGGGGUUGAAACGAGGAUCCGAUCGACACAGUAGAGAUACUGUCCUGACGAGACGAGACGCCUGAUUACACGCUUGUCUACAGUUUUGUGUACUCCUCCAAGCAUGGACAAAUGUCACAACAAUGAUUGCCUUGUACUGGCUUGAACUAAAAUGAAAGAAUGAUGCAUCUAUUGCUUCCACAAUAACACUAUAGUAUCCGGGAUGCAGCUGACGAGAACAAUGUGUCAGUGUUCAUCUUUGUCCAGCAAGGCAGAGUUGACAAUGUGCAAUAUGUAUCGCGAUUGCUUGGGUAUUGGGGCGUACCGAGUAUUGAGGUUAUAUGUUUAGACAUCAUGUUGUACAUGGUAUUCUCUUAAUAAAAGGUCAACAAAAAAAGUAAUGGCUGAAUGUUUGCCACAUAUUUCCA